CGGGAGCUGGUGUCCCGCUCGCUGCACAGCGCGCAGCACUGCCUCGACAGCCGGGACUUCGGCACCGCCUACGCGCACUACCUCCUCGUGCUCAACCUAGCGCCCGAGCUGAAGGGAGACGUCAAGGAAACCUUUCAGUACACACUCUUCAGAUGGGCAGAAGAACUGGACGCACUCAGUCGAAUACCCGACUUGUUUGGAUGCUAUGAACAAGCUUUGGAACUGUUUCCUGAUGAUGAAGUAAUAUGUAACAGUAUGGGGGAGCAUCUCUUCAGAAUGGGCUUUAGAGAUGAAGCAGCUGGUUAUUUUCACAAAGCAGUGAAGCUAAAUCCCGACUUCGCCGACGCAAAGGAGAAUUUUUACCGUGUUGCAAACUGGCUUGUUGAACGCUGGCAUUUUAUCAUGCUUAAUGACAUCAAAAGAAAUAUGGCUUAUCAGGCAGCGAUCCAGAAGGUGGUGAGCUUGGGAUGCAAAACCGUUCUGGACAUCGGCACUGGAACUGGAAUACUGAGCAUGUUUGCCAAGAAGGCUGGUGCACCCUCUGUCUAUGCCUGCGAAUUGUCAAAGACCAUGUAUGAACUUGCUUGUGAUGUCGUAGCAGCCAACAACAUGGCAACGGAAAUAAAACUCCUCCAUAUGAAGUCCCUUGAUAUAGAGGUUCCAAAACACCUUCCUGAGAGGGUUUCCCUUGUUGUAACAGAAACUGUCGAUGCAGGUUUAUUUGGAGAAGGAAUUGUGGAGAGCUUGAUCCAUGCUUGGGAGAAUUUGCUUUUGAAGCCAAAGCCCAAAGGUCAAUUUGGUAAUUGUGAAGAAUAUGGACAAGUUAUACCAGCAGGAGCUGCUGUAUUUGGGAUGGCGGUAGAAUGUGCGGAGAUACGCAGGCAUCACAGGGUGGGUGUUCAAGAUGUUGCUGGCAUCCAUUUACCAGAAACUCUACAAUUCCGUAGUCCAGCCCAUUCUUCUGGGGAUUCUGAAGAAGCAAUUGAACCGUACACAACUGAGAAAAUGAGUAGAGUUCCUGGGGGUUACUUGCCCCUGACCAAAUCCUUUGAGGCACUGACAGUUGAUUUCAACAAUCUUCAGGAACUGAAAAGCCUGGUUAUUAAAAAGCCUGUUAAGAUUAAUGUGCCAGUCACCAGGGCAGGAGUCUUGGAUGCUAUUGUGAUCUGGUUUGUUCUCCAACUUGAUGAUGAACACAGUCUCUCCACAAGCCCUAGUGAAGAGACAUGUUGGGAACAAGCUGUUUACCCAGUGCAGGACCUUCCAGAUUAUUCUGUGAGACCUGGAGAUCAGGUGGUGAUGGAAGUGUCCUGCCAGGACUGUUACCUGAGAAUCCAGAAUAUUCAUAUCUUAAACUCUGAGAAGAUGAUGGAUGUUGAGAGGAGUUCCAGCGAGAGUGGAACUCUGCCUUUGGGCAAUGAGGCCGAACUCUGUAAUGCCUUGGCCAGCCUUCAAACCAGCAAAUCGGAUGCACUAGGACAGAAGUGUACUUUGGAGUCUACAGAAAUUGCUCUGCUCAACAACAGGCCGUAUCACGAAGCUUUCAAAGCAGCCAUGGACAAAGUAUUGUCAUCACUGACUCCAGACAGGUCGUCGCAGCCAAUGGACGUCGAAGGUCGCGGUGGAGAAGUGACCUCCGGAGGCGACCAGAAUCCCAAUUCUCCACGUGCCACCCCUGAACCUUUGUUUGUGCUAGACGUUUCCGAGGGCUUUUCCAUUCUGCCUUUAAUUGCAGGCAGAUUGGGGCUAGUGAAAGCUUACAGCUCAGUGGAGAAAGAACAACAUCGAGUGGCCCUUGACCUGAUUUCGGAAGCCAACCGCUUUCCUCGAGAAACGUUAGAGUUUUGGCUGAGCCACGUUGAAGAUGAGUGUGCGGUGUUACAGAGACCAAAAUCGGACAAGCUGUGGAGUAUUAUCAUCUUGGAUGUCAUUGAGACUUCCGGCCUCAUCCAACAGGAAGUGAUGGAAAAAGCAGCAAUAUCCAGAUGUUUGUUGCAGUCCGGAGGCAAGAUAUUUCCACAGCAUGUGCUGGUGAUGGGAAUGCUUGUGGAAUCCCAAACGCUGGUAGAAGAGAGUGCAGUUCAAGGGACAGAACCCACUCUUGGCUUGAAUAUAGCACCUUUCAUCAACCAGUUUCAGGUGCCUGUCCGGGUGUUUUUAGAUCUUUCUACUUUACCGUGUGUGCCUUUAAGCAAGCCAGUAGAACUGCUGAGGCUGGAUUUGAUGAAUCCGUAUUUGAACAGCUCCAACAGAGAAGUGAAGGUACAAAUCAGUAAGUCUGGACAAGUGACAGCUAUUCCAUUCUGGUAUCAUAUCUGUCUUGAUGAAGAGAUUAAACUGGAUACGUCAUGUGAGUCAUCCCACUGGAAACAAGCUGCAGUUGUUUUAGACAACCCCAUCCCCGUUCAAGUGGGAGAGGAACUUGAACUUAGCAUUCAACACCACAAAAGCAACGUCAGCAUCACGGUAAAGCAGUGAAGACAGCAGGGGACCAUCCAGAGCCGAAAUCCUAUAACCCCCUGAAUUAAUGGCAGGCAUUUGCAUGUAUGAGUUUUUAUAAAAUUCCUUGAGCGAAAAAA